ACUUAAUAAUUAUCAUUAUUAAAAUUUAUCAUGAAAGUGAAUUAAGAUAUAUAAACUUUUCUAAUUUCAAUAUCGAAGUUUGCUUUUACAAUAUACUACUAGAGUUUUUUUUAUUUAUAUAGCUUUCAGUACUUAACUAUUACAGUUCAACAAUUAAAUUAGAUGUAUCACUGAAGUUAUAAUAUUUAAAUUUGAAAUGUCAAAAAGAAAAUAUAAUAAUUCCCUAUAUCUUUGUGUUUGUGCUAAAUCUUAUAGCCAAAAACGUCAAGUACGCAAACAUAUCAGCCUUUGUGAAUAUGCCCAAAAUCCUGCCAAAAAUGAUUUGUUGGAGUUUGCAAUUUCUAAUUGUGAACUCAUUUAUGUUAAUGAUACUGAAAACAUUGGAAGAGUUCCGUCAGUUGAUCGAUUCUACUGUGGGUGUGAAAAACAUUUUCUAUCUAAAGGCGGUUAUUACAGACACAUAAAAAAGUGUCAUCUACGUCCUGAACCACAAGCUGUACCUGGCAAAACUAAAUGCAACGAACCUGGAUGUCUAAUGACAUUCAAAUACAUAAAAGACUUACGACAACAUUUAAAUGAAAAACACCAAAUACAAUUUGAUGUAGAGGAAAAGAAGUUUAAUACAUAUUCUGACUUUUUAAAAUGGAAAGUUAAUUAUGAAUCAGGAACUCGCAGUUGCUUUUAUCAUCGUAAAAAUUUAACACGUAGUGGACGCAGAGUAGAAUAUUGGUAUUGCAACCGUUCAGGUAGUUACCAGAGUUCAAUACAAAGUCGCAGGCGUAAGUUAAAAUCUCAAGGACUUCUUAAAAUUAAUAAUAAUUGUACAUCUUCAAUAAUUCUAUCUAUAAAUGAAAUUGAUGACACUGUUCAAGCUGUUAUACACCAUACACAUUAUGGGCAUGAAGCCGAACUUGUACAUUUAAGAAUCCCUAAGACUGAUAAACAAGAAAUAGCUUCCAAAUUAUUACAAGGUGUCAAUAUUGAAGAUAUAUUGUCAUCAUAUAAAGAAGAUGAAUUAUCUAAGCAAACUGAACGAAAGCAUUUAAUUAAAAGAAGAGAUAUUUUAAACAUUUCAAAAAAGCAUAAUGUUAAUAUUAUAUUUCCAAAAGUGCAACCAUCAAAAAAUAAAUCAAAAUAUGAACUUGUUCACAAAGCAGUUGAAACUCCCAUUAUAGACUCGUUAUCAAAUACGACAGAGACUAACAAAAGACAUUUGACUGCUUCUCAACUUUCAUUAUCUUUUGUGAGUCCAAUUCUUGAAAAUGUUUGGAGAAUUUCUAUGGGAAAUCGUUUAGUUUCAACUUUUUCUUCAAAUAAUUGUAAUCAAGGAGUUUAUAAUGUCACUAAAAAUGACGUAAUAUCAUGUUCUAGUGAUAAUUGUAAAUCUUAUUGUAUCCCUUGUAAUAUUUGUUAUCAUGCAUACUCUUGUACAUGCUCAGACUUCAUCUCAAAAACAGUUAUUUGUGAACAUAUUCAUUUAACUGUAAUAUAUCAAGCAAAUUCAGAGACUUAUCAAAAUGAAGAUCAUAUAGAAGAAUGUUUAUUUGGAAACCAAGAUCAUACAAAGUAUACCCAAAAAUGCAGAGGACCCCCUCUUACAAUACCUAUUGAAAAUGUUAAAUUAUACAACAUAUGUAAACCAAUUAAUAUGAAAGCAGAAAACCUUAAAAGCAUAAAAACAAGAUUGAACAAAUUGAUGAUGGGCACAUUACAAAAAAUUGAUGAAUGUAAUAACAGUGAUUUAUUAGAAAACUUGGAAAAACAAAUUACUAAUAUAUCAUGUAAUUUAAGCAAAGAUUCAUUAGAAAAUGCUACUAAAAAAAGAAAUGAAGUGCAAACUAUGUUACCUGAAAAAAAUAUUGAAGUUUAUUAUGUUAUUUAAACAGUUUCUAAAUAACUAUUAUAUGAAUAAGACUUUUUAUCACAUAAUUAACUAAUUUUAAAAUAUAUUAAUUUUU